UUGGGAUUACAUUCUGAUGAUGCACGGAACAUAUGUUAGUAGUGUUACUCACUGAGAUAGGAGCGCCUGUUUGUUUGUUGUCAUAAACGGUCUGCUUCAUAGCGUCUUGUCAGAUGGAGACAAAUGGGAGAAAAGGUGAUGACAUAGAGGUAGGUGUGGUUGAGAGAUUCGUUGAGGAGACAAACGACAUGGACCAGAUUCCCAGAGAGACGUGGGCUAACAAUUUGGACUUCAUCUUUGCCUGUGUGGGGACGUCGGUAGGUCUGGGUAAUCUGUGGAGGUUUCCUUAUCUAUGCUACAAAAAUGGGGGAGGUGCCUUCCUCAUACCGUUUCUGACGUUCGUUGUGUUGGGAGGUGUACCAAUGUUUCUACUGGAAUUAGGGCUGGGACAAUACAUGAGUCUGUCUGGCUUUAAGGCAUGGGGUAUCUGCCCCGUACUCCAAGGUAUAGGGAUGUCAAACUUCGUUACUAUUUUCCUCACCAAUAUCUACUACACUCUUGUACUGGCCUGGGCUGCCUACUACUUCGUUGUCAGUUUGACAGCAGUCCUUCCUUGGACUGACUGUAACAAUGACUGGAACACACCCAGAUGUACGCCUUUCCACAAAGACGUCAACACCAACUCCUCUGCCAAUGUAUCUCUGUUGAGUUCUAGUGCCAUCGCUGGAGAGCCAGUUGAUCCAGCUGUUGAGUUUUGGGAACGGGGAGUACUACAGUUGACCACAGAUAUCACGGACGGUGGUGGUAUUAUCUGGGAGCUGGCCCUGUCGUUACUGGUUUUGUGGGUGAUUGUCUACUUCUGUUUGUGGAAGGGGGUCAGAUGGACGGGAAAGGUUGUAUAUUUCACGGCCAUAUUUCCCUACGUCAUACUGAGUGUGCUGUUGGUGCGGGGACUGACACUAGAUGGUGCUAUGGAUGGUAUAGUUUACUACCUAAAGCCGGACUUGUCACGACUUGCAGAUAUACAGGUUUGGUUGGAUGGAGGAACGCAGGUAUUUUUCUCAUAUGCCAUUGCUGCAAAUCAAAUAAUAACUCUGGGGAGUUACAACAAAUUUACAAGCAACUUUUACAGAGACGGUAUUAUAAUAUCCUGUAUAAACAGUGGAACCAGUCUGGUUGGGGGAUUCGCCGUUUUCUCCGUACUGGGAUUCAUGGCCAAACAACAUAACCUUCCAAUAAAAGACGUUGCCAACGCCGGUCCCGGAUUGGCGUUUAUUACAUACCCUAACGCCGUCACGCAGAUGCCAAUUUCUCCGUUGUGGGCGGCACUUUUCUUUUUAAUGAUAGUUCUACUAGGACUUGACAGUCAUUUUGUUGGAGUCGAAGCCGUCAUUUCUUCGGUGAUGGACGUGUUUCCAAGUGCGCUGCGAAGAAAUAAUCGUCGGAUGUUGCUGGUGGCAGCCUAUUGUUUCCUAUCGUUCCUUAUUGGCCUCUCCAUGGUAUCAAGGGGAGGGAUGUACAUCUUCCAGCUGUUUGACUACUACGCCGCCAGUGGAAUGGUCCUGUUGUGGUCAGUGUUCUGGGAGGUGGUGGCCAUCGCUUGGGUUUUCGGUAUCGAUCGGUUCUAUGACGCCAUCGAGAUGAUGAUAGGUACUCGGAUCAACCCGUAUCUACAUUACUGCUGGAAGUACCUGACGCCUACAUUAUGCAUGGGUCUAUUGUUGGCGAAGUUGAUCAUGUUCCGGCCACUCACGUACAAUAAUACAUACGAGUACCCAGACUGGGCCCAGGGCUUCGGUAUCAUGUUGGCCGUGUCUUCAAUGGUGUGCAUUCCUGCCUAUGGUAUCUUCAAGAUGGCCACCACGGAUGGAGCACUGAUGAAGCGAUGGCGAAGAGUGACUACGCCGGUAUUACGAAAGCAUCAGAUCCAUCCUAGCUGGGGAGUUACCACCGCCAGGCAUGAUUGAAGGGAGAGCUAGGAUUAGGAGGACUGUUUACCCCCAUCCUAGUGCCAUAUGAGGAUUUGUCUGCUCGAAAAGAAUAAACACUUACUUCAGAGGUUCUAUUUAUUCACAUCAAUCAAAACAAUUGUCAUUAUUAUUUUAUAAACAAAUUUA